GGCCUGCUGUCCGUGCCUGGGGGAGGGGAGAGCCCGGCGUUAACCCCUCCCUGCCCGGCCGCGGCUGGGACCCCCCGGAAAGAGCCUGCGGGAAUCGUGAUGUGAAAUGAACUGAAGCCUGUUCUGAAACCUGCCCAACUGCCCUUCUCGCCCUGCCAGGCUGCAGAAUGACGUCCACAUCUCCCUCCAGCUCAUCCGAGCCUCCCAUGGGACAGGGAAGAAAAAUGGCUGCAGUGGAGUCAGUUCAGGGGCCGGUGACCUUCGAGGAGGUGGCUGUGUAUUUCACCAGGGAAGAGGGGGCUCUGCUGGACCCCACUCAGAGAGCCCUGUACAGGGAUGUCAUGCAGGAGAACUAUGAGAAUGUGACCUCGCUGGGGUUGCUAGUUUCCAAACCUGAUGUGAUCUCCCAGCUGGAAGAAAGGAAAGAGCCCUGGGUCCCAGACCUCCUGGAUUCAGAGAAAAGGGAGAUCCUGAGAGGUCCCUGCACAGGUGACGCAAUGGUGAGUGAGAACGAGGAGCAGAAGUCUCAGCAGGAAGAUCCUGAGCAAGUGGAAUCACACAGCGCAUUAUUGCAAAGCUCCAAAGGAGAUGUGUCCAGGAGUCACGAGCAGGGAACAGCCCAUGAGAUUCAGCACAGAGCAGAGAGGGAGCAGGGAAAACAGCCAGGGGAGAAAAUGGGAAAAUUAAUUUACUGUUGGGGAACUCACAAGGACUUGAAGGACACCACAGCCCAGCAAGAAAUCCUCAGGGGGAAGAGAAAAACUACAUGCCCCGAGUGUGGGAAAAGCUUUAGUCACUGCUCAUCCCUUAUCAGACAUCAGAGAAUUCACACAGGGGAAAGACCCUAUGAAUGCUGUGAGUGUGGGAAAAGCUUCACUAACAACUCAAGCCUUAUUACGCACCAGAGAAUCCACACCGGGGAGAGACCCUAUGAAUGCAGGGAGUGUGGGAAAAGCUUCACCGACAGCUCACACCUUACUAAGCAUCACAAAGUCCACACUGGGCAGGGACUCUAUGAAUGCGGUGAGUGUGGGAAAAGCUUCACGGAUAGCUCGGCCCUUCUGAAACAUCACAGAAUCCACACGGGCGAGAGACCCUACGUAUGCUGUGAGUGUCGGAAAGCCUUCAGUCAGAGCUUUGAGCUUACGAGACAUCAGAGAAUCCACACAGGGGAGAGACCUUAUGGAUGCUGCGAGUGCGGGAAAAGCUUCAUUCAGCACUCACACCUCAUUAGGCAUCAGAGAAACCACACAGGUGAGAGACCCUAUAAAUGCGGUGAGUGCGGGAAAAGCUUCACUCAGAGCUCAGACUUGAUUAUACAUCAAAGAAUGCACACGGGGGAGAGACCUUACGUAUGCUCCGCGUGUGGGAAAACCUUCAUUCAGCAUUCACACCUCAUUCGGCAUCAGAGAAACCACACGGGGGAGAAACCCUAUGAGUGCUGUGAGUGUGAGAAGACCUUCAUUCAGCUGUCAGAACUUACUCGACAUGAAAGAAUCCACACAGGAGAGAAGCCCUAUGAAUGCCGUGAGUGUGGGACAAGGUUCACUCAGAGCUCAUCCCUUAAAUAUCAUCAGAAAAUCUGCAAGGGAGAUAAACCCCAUAAAAACGUCACAGGCUAACCAGACAUUUUCUUCUCUAAUACUUUUGCUAAUUUCCACUUAGUAACCUUUAAGGCUGUUUGAACCAUUUGCACCACCAUUAUCCCUCAGCUUGUCCAGAUGAGUUGCCCAUUUUUGCCAUUUUGCCCUGUUUUGGAGUGGACCCGGUUGUCUUUUCUAUCAACUCCAUUGUCCCAGAAGUAAUGGGAGUGCGUGUCUUCUUCCAGGAAACAAGGAGCAUCACGUUUAUACCGUUCCUCCUAUUGCAAAGUUAUUGUUAGGGUCAUCAGUGAUACAGAUUGUUUCAUUCUCAGCUGUUCUCAUGUUGCUCUGGGUUGUGCUGAAGAGGUUAUUUGUUGACCUUUUUUCAUUAUAUUUAAAUGAAGAGGCGCAGUGGCAGGGAAAAACAUGUCAUUUCAGCCUCGGUGACACUGGAAGGAGAUGGGGUGACUCAGAGAUUCCUUCCUUCCCCAUCACUCCAGAAAUGUUCACACCUCUCUGAGGUAUGCAGAGUUUAUCUUCUUCACAUUCCAUCCCUCUGCUUCUCAAAGUGUCAUGUGAUGCAGUGUUCUCAGCUGUAUGUGCUUGGAGAUGAUGCUUUGACUUCUUUAAUCCUCUAUCAGAGUCACUAUGGCUGGAGAUGAAAGUGUCAAAGACCUGGAAGGGGAAUUCAAAUGGAUCACAAACACAGUGGGAUGAUUUUCAGUUUAAUCCCAGUUUCCAACUAUUGGCCAAGCCACCUGGGGGAAGAUUGGCUGUAUUUUCCUCAUUAUGAGGAUGCUAAAACACUAAAACUUUUGUAAAUUACACAACUUGACAGUGCCGAAUGAAGCAGGUUUGAAUGGAUCAGAGGAGAACGUGGUGGGAGAAUCUCUUGUCCCAAUUCUGAGUUAUUAGAUGUAACCUGCUCUGGAAUUUCUCUUGAUGCUUUCAUUGUUAUGUAUUCUGUCUCUCUGUGAUGUGGGUUUCUAUCUUUCCUGAAAAGCUGUUUGGUCGCCCAAUUGGAUAUUAGUUUACUUUGAUGGGAUGUAGCUCAGAUUUAUUGGAGACUUUGAGACAAAUGACCAGUUGCUAAAGUCAUUACUUCUCACUUCAGUGCUGCUUUUCCCCCAUCCCUCCAUGAUGACAUGGAGAGAUUUCAAGUGCACUUCACUCAACAGGAGCAAACUCUCCAAUUUACUGGCCAUGCUAACAAAGCAGCAGCUGUGACUUAAAAUCUCCACUGGGAAAUGGUGAACAGCAGCAGAACCCCAACUAACUGAAGCCAGUGCAGAUGAUCACAGUGGAGUUCAGUUGUUUAAGCCAGCGGUUCUCAAACUUCAUUGCACCGUGACCCCCGUCUGACAACAAAAGUUAAUCCCCCGUGGAAGCAGUGCGGAGUGGAUGAAGCCACACCCGAGUCCUCCUGUGUGUGUGUGUGUGGGGGGGAAUGAAGCUGCACCCCAAGUCCUGCCAUAUGGGGAGGCUGAAGCUGCAGAAAAAUAUCUAUUUUUGACUAGAAACUCCACCUCUGGUAACUUAACGAGAUUCUGGUCCAGGCCUGUAGCUAGUUCCUAGCCUUGACCCGUGCCACCAAGUUAGAGAAACACUGGGCAUGUUUGGGGAAGCCGUUCCGCACUAGCAUGGCUGAGAUUUUUGAGUGGUUUGGUAAAGGGUUCUGCUUCAGAGACAUGCAAAGUUAUUAUAACCCAGGCCAAUGAUUUAGAAAGAAGGAGGGUGGAAAUAGUACAUACCUGGUUCUUGGUUUUCACUCAGUAAGGGAAGCAGUGGUGACCCACAGCCCAAGGAAAAUUGUUUGUAUAACACCACUUCCUAGUUAAGUGUCACGCUUACAGUCCUAAAGGAUGCCAGGGUUAGAUUGAGAACAAUCAUCUUUCACCGUUUGAAUCCAGGAGGCAAAUAGAGAGUCCUUCCGAGGACAUUCCUUCCCUGUGAAUCCCAAACUGGCGGCCACUGCCAUGCUGUGGAAAUGAUGGUAAGAAAUGAGGGAAUGAAUGGGUCAGGCUCCAGUUGACUGCAGGAUACACAAAUGUUCGAGUUCUGAUCUAUGCUUUUGCGUCUUAGGGCUCAUGUACACUCAAAAUGCUACAUCGGCAUGGCUGCACCAGUGGAACUGCGCCCCUGCAGCGCUUUAAUGACGAACCUAUAACGUGAAGGGAGAGAGCUCUCUCGUCAGUUUAGGUAAUCCACCUCCCCAGGAGGUGGUAGCUUUGUCAACAAGAGAAGCUCUCCCGCCGACACGGUGCUGUCUACAGGGGGUGACAUUGUGUGCCUCAGAGUAGCACCCCGGAAUCCCCAUAUUCACCACUGUCAUAUGACGGACAUGUUUUGUGCAAUGCAGGCCUUGUGAGGGAUCAUUUUAAAAGUCUAGCUCUGUUGACCCGUAAUACCUUAUUGAAUUGUAGGUACGAUCCUUGUAUGUGAAGUUGUGAAGUACUGCUAUGUGUGUUACUGAAAUACGCUGUGAGGUUGGGAAAUGCCCAGAGCCAACUUUUCUGCUGCAACAAAGGAGAAGCUGUCGCUGGCCAAACAGGCACUGAUGGCUCAUCAAGAAGAAUCCACUCUCUCAGAGGCUCCUUAGAGAGGGAACGUAUGCAGUGGGGACAACCGAACCCAGGGGUCGACAGCCUUUCAGAAGUGGGGUGCUGAGUCUUCACUUAUUCACUUUAACUUAAGGUUUUGCAUGCCGGUAAUACAUUUUAAUGUUUUUAGAAGGUCUCUCCUGUAAGUCUAUAUUAUAUAACUAAACUAUUGUUGUAUGUAAACAAGGUUUUCAACAUGUUUAAGAAGCUUCAUUUAAAAUUAAAUUAAAAUGCUGAUUUUACACUGUCGGUCCACUCAGCCCGCUGCGGGCCUGGGGUUCGGUUCGCCUAGUUCGGCAGUGGGCUGAGCGGGGCCUGCGGGACCCCGACUGGCAAAGGGUCGGCAGCUGGGACUUCGGACUGGCAGCAGGCUGAGCGGGGCUGGCGGCCAGGACCCCAGACCGGGAGUGCAGGUGGGAACGUGGGGGUGGUGGUGCAGGAGAUCCUGUUUGAUGCUUAGGGUGGGGAUGGGUAUGUGUGGGGGUGCAGGAGUCAGGGUGUGGAAUGGCUGGGUAUGUGUGCGGGGUGCAAAGGUCAGGGCUGGGGGCUGGGUGUGUGUGGGGAGUUCAGGGGUCAGGGCUGGGUCUGGGGGGGAUUUCAGGGGUCAGGGCAGAGGGCUGGGUAUGUGUGUGGGGGGUGCAGGGGUCAGGGCAGAGGGCUGGGGUGCUCGGCUCAUGGAGGUACUCCCAGCCCCCUGCCAG